UGAGCUGCAGCAGGAUGGAGGUGUGGACGGCAGCAGCUGCUCUGUGUGUCAUUGCAGCAGCCUGGAGGUUCUGGACUGGAGCUCACAGACCCGAUCCUGCCUCUGCGGUUCUGAUCGGGGCCCUUGGUGGUGCCUGUCUGUAUUUCUCUGGGUGUCCGGAUCUGCAUAAGGGGGUCGUGUUCUGCUUUUGCUUGGUUCUGUUCUGUGUGAUGAUGAGGAAAGAGGAGCUGGUACCGGUCCAGAACCGAGCCGUCCUGGUGACAGGCUGCGACUCGGGCUUCGGUCACGCGCUGGCCGUGCGUCUCAGUGAAGCCGGCCUGCAGGUGUUUGCAGGUGUGCUGGACGUGCAUGGCCCAGGGGCUGAGCAGCUGAAACGGCGAGCGUUGAAGAACCUCCACGUGCUGCAGCUGGACGUGACCGACAGCUCGCAGGUGCAGACGGUGUUCAAUUACAUCUGUGCUCAGGUUUACCACUCAGGCCUGUGGGCUCUGGUGAACAACGCGGGAGUCCUACUCUGUCCCACAGACGCAGAGCUGCAGCCGCUCGCCACCCUUAGACGCUUCAUGGACGUCAACUUCCUGUCUGCUGUCCACAUGAGUCAGCUGUUCCUGCCGCUGCUGAGACGGUCCAGAGGACGCAUUGUCAAUGUGUCCAGCAUGGCAGGUGAGGUUCCGAUGCCAAUGUUCGGAGCUUAUGGGGCCUCCAAGGCAGCUCUGAGCAUCUUCUCCAGAGUGAUGAGGUUGGAGCUGGCGCCAUGGGGAGUCAAGGUGGUCCUGAUCCAGCCUGCAGGCUUCAGAACCAACAUCUUUGGGGUCCCGGACGACGUGAUUCGGUACCAAGACGAGCUCCUCACUACCAUCUCCGCUGAGGCCAGGGAGGACUAUGGGGAUGAGUACAUCUCGUCCCUCCCCUGCUGUCUUUCCUUCAUGUUCCAGCAGUCAGCGGAGGACCUGUCUCCCGUGGUGGAGGACAUGUAUCAUGCCGUGAUGUCCGUCCAUCCCAGACCUCUGUACACCCCCGGACAGAUGGGCUGGCUCCUUCCAUUCCUGCAUCGCUGCUGUCCCACCUCAAUGUUCGAUGCCAUCAUCACCCGUUUGCCCACACUCAACCAGCAGCAGCCAGCAGGACUCAGGAGGACAUGAAGUCUAACACCAGGUCCACAUCCUGACAGCUCUGAUCAGAGACCUCCAGGACUCAUCAGAUGGUCGAACUGCUCCAGCUCUUCUUCGUUGGUGCUGACACAGGAUCGUGGAGCCUUCAGGUGGAUCAGAGGAGUCUGAGCUGAGAAUCAGUUCUUCAUCAGUGAUCUGAAGACAUUUCAUCCAGUGGAGAGACACUGGACUGAAGGAGUCCAGCUUCGUCUCUGCUGGAACUCAGAAUGUUGUUUCAGUCUGUUUACGUCAACAAACAUCUGUAAACAAAAUAAACCUGAACCAAAUCUUGAAAUCAAUAAAUCUGAUA